GUAAUACGGUAAGCUGGGAUACACGAUAGAAUAGCAGACUUCGCUUACAAUUAAUAAUUGGACCUUGUUACGCAAUAUUAUUUAAUCAUCAGUGAAGAAUUAAGUAUACGGAUUUUAUGUGAGAAAUGGAAGAACAUCGAAAUGAACUAACCUUGGCAUUUUAAACACUCAGUGAUGCGGAAAAAAUGACAUGGAAUGAAUACAUAGAUUGAUAAUUGACCGAUAGCUCCGCCUUCUUCAAAUUGUCAUCAGGAUACAUCACCGCCAAGAGCAAAUACCCCAAAACGAGGCUAAACCUAAGUUCUGCAAGGCACCAGAACAGCGGGAUUAGGACUCGAGUAACAUAUCGCCCUCAAUUUACGCAGUGAGUAAUAUAAAAUAUUUGGUCUGUUAACUCUCAAUCAUUAUGAUAAAGAACUGGCCUGUUGAUCACCGCUUUACUGGUAUUUAUUGGCCGGACACUGAAGACCAACCAACAGUCAUCGUCUGCGCUUGAUGCUAUUUGAUUUGAAAGCGGAGUAAGAUAGGCCACUCCCACUGAUUACCACUGAAGAUUCCGAUAUACAAUAAAACAAAUCUAAUUUUCAAUUUUUCAUGCACUUUCUGUCAGAUUUUCUUUGUUGGAGUUACAUUGAGGCUUUUUUGAUUAUAUAUCUGAACAAGUUAACACAUGUUUUAUAGAGAGACGACAAGCCGAAAAGUGAGAUUUUAAAGGGAAACUCAAACAUACACAGUGCUCUAGGCCUGUGAGGAUUCUGUUUGACAAUUUAAAGGAAAGAGUUUUUAUAUUGCAUACCGUAUAUACCAUUCCCAACAUAAUUUUAACAAUGGAAAUUCUCAGAAUCGCUUGUUGGCGUUUAUUACUAGUUUCAGUGUUGCUGUCGGUUUGUGUUGCUGAGUGUCGACAGGUGGGUCUUCAAGUUUCAGAUUCAGUGACAACUUAUGAACACACUAUCGACUGCUGUACACGGAGGCUGCAGCAUAUCAGUAGCACUGACGUCACACUCUUCACGCCACCACACAUCAACGGCGAAUGGAUGUCAUCAAAUUGCGAAGUAAGACCAGGCCCAGAGUUCAUCAUAAGGCGUUACAAGUUCCAUUCCGAUAACUCGUAUAUGCUUCAUCAGUUCUACUACAAAGAUAGUUCCUGUACCAAACCAACGCACACACUUCGAGUGCGCGGAAAGAUAUCGCACGUUCAAGAUCAAUACGAAAUCACAUCUUCAGCGCCUCAAGGUGCUACGCGGUCGUCCUACGAAAUAGACAAAAUAGUUCUUGUGGCGUACGACACUGAUACGAGUAUGAAGUUGAUGGAGGGUAUCAACGAAACUUGUCCGGGUUACUUCCGUGAGAGUGAGGCGAUGAAGUUGUUCAAGAGGUAUGUCUUGUUCGACUGGACACAGGAUGACGUGAUCAUUAUAUGCACUGAGGGUCUUGCUAUUUCCAUUCAUGAACUGGAGGUACUUAAGCAGGAGGUUCAUCGAGUGUACAAUGAACACACGAAAGAGUUCACAUUGCGGCAAGAACUAUUUCUCGGAGAUAUUUCGACUGAUAGACGCGAACGAAUUUACUAUGAACCAAAGGCAUACCAGACGCCUCUCGUGCGAUACCAGGCAAACGAUACUAUCAGCAAUCAAAUUCAAUCUGCAGACGACUUCCACCCACCGAUCCUCGCCCCGGAAAAGACUUUACCAGUAAGCCUGGAAGGAGAAUGGGUUAGCAUACGAUGCGAAGUAAAAGGCAGUUUCUUCAUGACACGACACAUAUCAUACUUUGGAAAUAAGACGUGGAACGCUGGUAUCAAGUAUUUUGUAGAUCCAAAUUGUCGACGACCAGCCUACUCAAUCACAAAACGGGGAAGCCAUAGCGACGGCGUUCAGUCCAGUAUAGUUGAUGGUGGAACCAAUUUCAACUUGAAAACCGAACAGGUGGUAAUCAAACCUUUGAGCCUAGCUUCUGCGCAAAAGUUAAACUCUGACGGUGAUUGUGGUCGACCGGGAUCAUGGCACGUGGACACAGAGCAAGACGUCACGUAUACUAACGGCUGCAAGACGUUAGGCCUGAUAAUGUCAACGACAGAGUACCAACUCUAUCAAAUGAAGUACAACACAGCAGGUAAACUCCUGCUUUACGAUGGCCAGUUGCCAACUAGCGGCCAAUACCCUGAUCAGCCAGAACUACGGCCAACGUCAUACAGUGAUCCACUAAUCCACUGCGCAGGAAUAAAUCCAAUAUUGGAGCCUCCAAUGAGCCAAAACGUUAUCCAGAAUACGCCCCCACAGCCUGAAAACAGUGCAAACUCACAUUCGCUACAUCGUAUUCUUUUAGUGGCAUCACUAAUUGUACUUAGAUAUACACUAUUCUAGAAUAUUAUAAUAUAUUAACAUGACUUUAGUAAACUGCAGAGGUUUCGGGUUGCUGACAAUGCAUUCAACCACCACUUGGAUUAUAGCCACAGGGAUCGAUAUCUAAUAGAUUUAUUUAUUAUAUUUUUAAAAAUACGCAGAAGGAAUUGAUCUUGAUUGAUGCAGUCACAUAAAUAUUGGAUUAUAAUGUUCUCAAAUUUGUUUCGAUUAUCAGACUUUCAUAUUGAAAUACCGGUAUUCAAACAAAAAUGCAAUAGGACUACAUAGACAAUCACUAUUAUAUGGAUAUUGAUCUAUCUAUAUUUAUGUAUGUAACAUGAUGUAUUAAAAGCAUAAUUUAUGAACGUAUCAUAUAUAAUUUGCAUAGUUUGCAGGUAAUGUUUGAACAAAAUGAAGGAAACAGCGUAAUGCAUGUUACAAAGUACAGUAUAGGCCCCAUCAGACGGUAUGGAAAUAAUUCAAGUCACUAGAUAUGAGCAAGGCAUAACAGAAACAGAGAAACGAAGCAGAAGUCAAAAGAAUUUCCAUAAAUCAUUACUUAUUUCACUUUUGAAUGUUAGAUUUUAUAUCUUCUUGAAAUAGCCACACCGUUUGAUUGCCUCCCGAGGGUUAAUUACUCAUUAAUUUUGUAUUUAUUUUUGUCUUGCAUUUACAUUUUGCAGCAGUAUUCUGAAGGUUUGUAAACUAAGAUUUUGCGCUUGUUGUGGCGAGAACCUUGGCAGUAGAAAAUAAAAACACACCUUACCUCAAAUAACCGAUCGAACGGAAUCUGCUAUGCUAAAACGAUUUUGCGCAUGCUCAUCAAAUACAUUCCUUUAAAUAAAGAAAUGAAAAUAUAGAAAUUUCUGGUCGGUCGAUCGACCGAUCGAUCGGAGAAUGGUUUAAACCAGGUAAAUUGCAGAUUCUACAGGGACCACGUGUGUCGGUGUUGAAGACAACGAGUUAUAUUUGUGCACAAGAUCAAAAUUAUAUUUUCUAAUGGGCUUACAGAAUAUAAUUAAAUUAAAAUUAUUAUUAAAAUUGAAUAUAGAGAUACCUUGUAAUUUGUUCAUUUAAAUAUGUAAAUAGCUGUAAUAUAAUGUCUAUAGAUUCGGAAAUCGUUUUGUACAUUACAUUUUAUGAUUAUUAACGGUGAAGAAAGUUAGCUGAUGAGCUAAGUAUAAAUCGUUAUUUUUCAAGUUCUAUUUCAUUAUAUUUCUUUGAUGAAUUAAUAUUUUUACCAAAAUUCGUUAUAUAGUAAUAUUAUUAAUUCAUCAGUGUUUUUAUAUUAUUAUAUUCAGGCAUUUUGUUCAUAACGAAACCAAACUCGAUACUAGUUAGUGUUGACCUGGUAAAUUGUGUUUACAAAUUUCGAAAUGUAUAAUUUGUGCUGUUCGGAUCCUCUUAAUCAUAAACGCACACACACAGAUACCGUAACAUUCAAGGGAUUUGUCUAAUUAUACUUCGUUUUUCAAACUCAAGCCAGUUCAAAUGUAGAAAGCACUGGGCCAGCUCUGAUUGGCCAAUUUCUCAUAAAUUAUAUAAAAAAAAAAACUUUGAAAAGAAAAAGUUUUGAUUAUUUCAAUUUGAAAGGUUGUUUGAUGAUGUUUUACAAUGAAUACUUUUAACGGAAGUGUACAAGUUGAUUUUGCUAAGUUUAAUUCAGUCAAUUUUUUUUUAACGAGAUUAUAUAUUUAUAGAAUAUUUAGAUUUUCAUCGAGUUAAUAUCAUGUUUGGUACAUACAUUUUUGUUAUAAUGUGCCGCGGUUGAAGUGGUAUUGCUCAGAAAAACAAACGUUUCGUCAAGAAGAUGUAAAAUGUUGGUACUUCGAUAUGAUUAUAUUUAUUUAUUCGACUUUACCUCCAAUAGAACGGAAACUUGCCAUGGAUAAUUUAAAAUAACUACUUUAUCUCAUCAACUUACGUUAAUAAAAGUUAUUUUAUAUAUAUAUUUCUAACGAGGGCGUUUUGGAGCUUGAAACAUAUUAUAAGUUGUUGGUUGUCCUUGUGUUUGGUAGUACGACAAAGACAAUUCUGGCAUUUUGCAAGAAUUUGUACAAUUGUGCCCUGUGUUAGUUGAACUGACGGACCUUUAUCUGUUUAAAAAGGGACAACGUUAACCGAUAUAAACUUUGAAAUAUAUAGCUAAAAAGCAGCAUUUUUAAAGUUAUUAGUGUAAAUUAAUUUGCUUAUAUCAAUGUUUUACGAAAACACUGCCACUGAUAGGUGGAGUUAAGCUACAUGUAGAUAAAGAAUUGCACAUUUUUACUAAGAUUUAAGUAUGUAGGUGUAUUUGAAAUAAAAAUUUAUGAUAUAUACCUUUGGAUGUACAUUUUAAAUACGGCAUCGAAUAAAAUUAUCUGAUACAAAUAUA